AUAUUUUCACUUGUGCUGAUUAUUUCAUUAAGAGUGACAAUAGUUUUAAAAAGACGGGAUGGAGGGCCCUGUAUUUUGACAAGCCUAGACGAAACGGAAAUGACGUAGUGUGUCGCUAUAGACAGGGCUCGGGUUGGAUGGUCCUUCAUAAUAUCCGUGAGGUUUAAUAUUCUCGGUGGGAAAUGUAGCGCGAUUAUUUCGGCAAUGGCAGCCGGAGCGGUGUUACGUCCUUUUCUUUCCGGCUGCGCUCCUAAACUGUCGAAGGUUCCGCGGCUGAGCGCGCUCCCGGUCUGCGUCAGGACGGUGCACGUGUGUCCGGUUUUGCGCGCGGGCCACAACAAAUGGUCCAAAGUGAAAGACAUCAAGAUCCCGAAAGAUGCAGCUCGAGCGCGGAUGAUCGCCAAAUACGCGAUGCUGAUCAGGGUGGCGGUGAGAGAGGGAGGACCAAACCCGGAGUAUAAUGUCACUUUGGCUCAGCUUAUAGAGCAGUGCAGAAAUAAAAGUCUACCCAAAGCCACCAUCGAGGCUGCUAUUAAAGGAGCGGAAAAGUCAAAAGCUGGCGCUCAGUACCUAUACGAGGCGCGAGGGCCCGGAGGUUCCAUGCUGCUCAUCGAGGUUCUGACAGACAACAGCACACGCUCACACCAAGCCAUCAAACACAUCUUAAUGAAAAAUGGGGGGGCGAUGUGUGAAGGCGCCCGGCAUCAUUUCGAGAGAAAAGGCGUCAUCGUGGCGGCCCAAGACCAAGUUUCUACUGAAAGAGCUCUGGAGCUGGCGAUAGAAUCGGGAGCUGAAGACGUGCACGAAACCGAGGACGAGGAGGAGAAACCGAUUUUACAGUUCAUCUGUGAUAUGAACUCGAUAAAAGCAGUGCGGACAGCGCUGGAAGCUCUCGGGGUUCACACCCUGUCAGCGGGGAUGGAGUACAUCUCCAACACUCCUGCUGCUCUACCACAGGACCAGCUGGACUCCAGCGCCACCCUGCUCGAAGCUCUCAAUGAUUACCCAGAUGUGGUCAGAGUGUGGGACAACAUUCAGGCACUGGAGUAAGACAGGAAAGAAGAGGAGGCUGAAUGUUUCAUGAGAUACAAGUGAAGGACUGAAGCUUGAUGAGUGCGAGAAAGGUCUACGUCAGUGAUUUCCUCAAUAUCUUAUAUAAAAUGUGUGUAUUUGUGCAAACUCGCAAAUUGUGUUCAUAAUAAAGAUAUAUUUAUAAUUUAAAAAAUUCAUUUCAGUAUUGUUAAGAAAUUAGUCACACAAACAUGUUUGCAACAAUAUUGUGAAAAAUUACAGUUUAUCUUGAAGCUAAAUCACUAUUUCUCAGCACAGUUUGGUGUCACACUUAGGUAAGGGACAUACCUCAGAUACCAAACCUGAUUGACAUUUGUUGUAGUCUCAUGGAGCAUCUGAUACUUUUUGUACACUUUCCUGGCUUCAAGCUUCAGAAUCUUCAGAUUCAGAACAUUGCAGUUCAAUUAGCUACACAGACGAGUAUUCAACGUUUUUUUUUUUUCCUCAAACAGUAAAUGGUAGGUAUCUGUAAUUGGAGGCUUACAGUGUCAGUCAAAAGCUUCUUUCUGUUAAAUUAUGCCAUUAGCCAUCUAGGGAAAGCUCAAUAUGGAGUCAAACCAUGCCUGAAACUCCACCUUCUUCCUAUAUAACGUCUUGUAAAUUCCUAUGUCUGACUAGCGAUGAGGUUUAACAAAGUCUGGCUUGUAAGGCUACCCUAAAUCUCUCCAGAAACACCCGAGUCACAGACUGUUGAUGGCGUUUCUUCAUUCAGAUCUCAUGAAAGCAGGCCUGUUUAUGUGCCGUGAAAUGUAAAGGUCAUCCCCUGCUCUAAAUGCAGACCCACUUCUGGCCACUCAGUCAAUACUGUGCCACAAUAACCGCUCUGUAGCUGCAGUGGACAUUGAUUAGUCAGGUGCCAAUACUAUAGCUUUUCUGCUAUCCUCUAAUUUAUUAGACGCUAGACAGUUUAGGUCUUUUUUGUUGUUGUUUUUGUUGUUGUUAUGUGAAGUGUGAUAUGUGAAAUGAUCGAGCCAUCUGGCUGUUUGAUUUGUUAAUGAGCUUCCCACCGCUGUGGUGAGUGAUUGAUCAGUUCUCAGUUUGGAGAAUGACUCUGUGUGAGGACCACAGUGCUGACACUCAGUCACAACAAGACUACACAAGUCUACAAAGAUGAAGGACUCACUAAAAUCCUGAAGAGAAGAAAACGGAGGAAACGACACCGCUCCGGUAAGAGCAAGACUUUAAUCCUGGUUCUUUCUUCAAAUCUAAUGGUGGAUGGAUCACUAGAGAAUUUCUUGGUUUUUUGAUCUUUCCUUUAAUAAACUUUCUUUAUAUGGUAUUUAAUAUUCACACAUUUAAAGUAAAAGUAAAAGCAGAACUAAAGAAAUAAAGGUGGUAAAAAUAUUAAAAUAGACAAAUAAUAAAAAUGCACAAAAUAGCAUUUACAGAAAGAAUAAAAUAAUAUCCAAUAUAAAAACAUCAACUAAAACUGACAAAUUUUUUUGUUUUUUUUUUAAAUCAGUGGUAGAUGGAGCCUAGUUUAUCAGGCAUAUUUAAAAAUAAUCAUUUACAAAAUUAAUUUGAUGAUACUUUAAUUCAGUGUCUAAAAAAUUAACA